AUGUGUGUACUUCUAUCGUCACAACGCAGCAUUUUUGCAUCACUAUUUCUAUGGGAAACUGCACGACCAAAAGGUAUAAAUUUGCGAAGCUGUCGAUUAAUAAGUAGGAAGAUUCCGCCACCUGGAAAACCACCAAUUUGCCCUCCUGCUAAAAGAAUAUUGUAUAAUGUUGUGCAUCAUCGUUGGAUGAGACCCGAUGUUGUCAAAGAGUUAUUAUGGCGUCGACAUGUUUACAACAAUGCUAUAGUAUCUUUGCGUAAAUUGUUCAGAGAAGAAUCUGUUAGAAACAAAUAUGAAGAUAUGAUAGCUAAGGAAAAGCAAGAAGAGAGUGAAGAAUUUGAGUAUUUAUUAUCAGCAAAUGAAGAGAGAAAUCGAGAAGCAGCAGAGAGAAGAGAAGAGCGUGAAAAGGAAGAGCUGAGGAAGAUGGAGUGCGAGUAUUUAAAAAGUAUUGAGAAAGAAUUGGAAAGGAAGGAAAUAAAUGUAAAACAAAGGAUGAAAGAAGUGCUUCAGAUGGUUGAGCGGAGCAAAUAUUUCGUAACUGACGAAAUUUUGGAUGAGAAACUGGAGGAAGCUUUGGAUAAUCCAGUCGUUUAUGAUUACGCGGUAGAUUUGCAAGGUAAUAAAUAUUAUGUCCCAGUACCGGAAAAAUAUAUCAAAGGUACGCCUCCUCGCCAAAAGGGGCGCAUGUACGAUGUUACUUUGGGUACAGAGCAUUACAGUAAGUUGGUGUCAUUCUCUGCUGAUUCGAGUACGAAUGCUCUGAAAGAGGGCUUUAAACGGAAGUAA